AUGGAUAGAGCUAGCCCUUUGACUCUUUGUUAUUUAGGAAGUAUGCUUAAAGGACGACCCCAAAACUGUGCGGUAUUUAUAAAAUUUGACCUAAGCAAGACUUUGGGUCCACAAAUCAAUCCAGAAAAAGUGAUUGUCAAUAUUCGAGUUUUUUAUACAACAAAUUACCAGCAUUACCAGCAUGCUAUUAGACUUCUCCAAUAUGAAAUUUUUCCUACCAAGUCGUCAGAUAGCAUUGCCCUUAUCCCUCAAGAUGAUUCUUAUGAAACUACAGUCCAAAUCAAUCUGGAAUUUAA